AUGAGUAAAGUGAACGAUUGUGUUCAAGUUAAUUUACGUAUAACUACAAACAGUAAUCAAGGUGGUCGAAAAUAUAUGGAGGAUGCAUAUGCCAUUGCACUUCAACGUUUAAAUCCUUCAGAAAAAGAAAGUCCAAUAUCACUUGCUUACUUUGGCAUAUUUGAUGGUCAUGGUGGAAAAGAAGCAGCUGAAUUCGCUCGGCAAAGUUUAUGUCAACAUAUUCUUGAACAAGACGAUUUUUGGCCAAAUACUUCGGAUGAAAGUCAAAAUGAUCAAUUAAUAUUAUCAGCGAUUCGACAAGGAUUUCUUGCAUGUCAUAAUGAUAUGUGGAAUCAUGUAGAGAAAUGGUCAAAAACUUCAUCUGGAUUACCAAGUACUUCAGGUUGUACAGCAAGUGUUGCAUUUGUUCGCGGCAAUAAAUUAUAUGUUGGUCAUGUCGGUGAUUCAGCUAUUGUUUUAGGUGAAGGUGAUGCAUUAUAUAAACCAUGGUUAGCUAAUCGUCUCACACGUGAUCACAAACCUGAAGAUCCACUCGAAUUAAAUCGUAUACGUGAAAGUGGAGGAAAUGUUCUUUGUAAAGCUGGUGUUCACCGAGUUGUUUGGAAUAGACAAAAAAUAACUACAAAUUCAUCACAUCAUUAUCGUCAUCGACAUCAACAUUCAGUAACAACAACUACAACAACAAGCACGGGAGCAAUAGUUGAAUAUGAACAAAUACCAUUUUUAGCUGUUUCACGAGCAUUAGGAGAUUUAUGGAGUUUAAAUGCACAUACAAAUCUUUAUUCUGUUUCACCUGAACCUGAGCUAACUGUUAUUGAAAUUGAUCCAAAGAAACAUCGAUGCAUUAUAUUAGCAAGUGAUGGACUUUGGAAUAUGAUAACACCAGAAGCAGCUGUUGAAAUAGUUAGAAAUUGUGAUGUGAAAACAGAAGAAAUGAUCCUUAAAUCUGAUGAUGAUGAUCAUCGACCAUUUCGUAAUCCAUCUCAUGAACUUGUACAAAAAGCUUUAACAUUAUGGCGCGAAAGAAUGUUACGUUCCGAUAAUAUAACUUGUGUGACGGUUAUGCUUGAUCCACCUGGGCCACCAUUUAGUGAUUGUAUUGUUAAAAAGAAAAAGGAAAGACUUACGUAUUCUAUAUCAUCAUCAACAAAUUCAGUUUUUUCAGAUGAUACAGUUGAAUUAGAUCAUCCAUCGCCUUUAACUCCAACAACAGUUGCAAUAACAACACCAUACAGAGUGAAACCAGUUUUGGAACGUAAAGAACAUAUUUUAACGCCAAUAUCAAACGGACCGACACCUAUGCGGACUCCAAAACGACCAGCGUCAGACGAUGUAUCUACAUUAAUUGUUGAUACUCCACGUCGUAAAUUAAUAAAAACAAAUCAGCAAAAAGAAAAUGGUCGAACAUCUCCUUCGACUAAUGGAAAUUUUUCCGAAUCAGCAAUAUCAUCUUCUCUACCUUCUUCAUCUCUUGUUCAAUCAUCAUCGUCAACAUCACAUAAUGAAGAACAAGAACAAGAACAAGAAUUUUUCGACCUUACUGAGCAAAGAUCAAAAUCAUCAAUGCUUAAUAGCGACAAUGAUGAAGGUGAUGAUAGAGAUAAUAUUAAUGAUGAUGAUGAUGAUGAUUUAACUCGAAACGUUGCACGAUGUUUGCAUCAUAACAGUGAACAACCACUAGAUAAUCAUCUAAUGCAAAUGGAUCAAACUUCACAGAAUUUGCUAAAAGAAAAAUCAACUCGUCCUUCUUCUCACAUUCGUCCGUUUCCGUUCUCGAAAGUAUCAAAUGAUCGAUCCAAUGAAGAAGAUUUAGAAGAAUUGCCUCGUUUAUGUCGAACACGUUCAGUAUCAACAACAAUAUCAUUUAAUAAUGACAUACAGUUGAAAUUAAAUUCGUCUCGUAGACGGAAAUCGUAUAGUAACACUGAUUUUAUAAAUCAUUCAAACAAUAUUCAAAUAAAUCAAUCAAAUAACAGUGAUAAAAAUUUAGCCAGUAAUUUUGAACAAAAAUCAACAUCAUCAAAAAUAAAAUCGCCAUUAACUAAUUUAGUUACUUCACCAUCAAAGCAAUCAUUAACAAAUCAUUUUCGAAGAACCUUGUCACGCUCAAAUCGAGGUUCACCAACAUCACGUCGUCUUAUUCAUUCUAUUGUUUCUUCAUCGUCUUCACAAUAA